AUGGCUGGUCCAAAAGGUAAGAACUCGAUUUUCUGAUUGAUUUUUAUAUUUUUAGAAGUAUGGGAAAGAUUUUUUGCUGCAUGUGAUUUACCAGCUCGGGUUCAGAAGACUUAUGCUGCUAAAUUUACAACAGAACGCAUUCAACCUUACAUGCUCAAGGAUCUGACCAAGAAUGAUCUCAGAGAUUUGAAUGUAACGGCUUUGGGAGAUCAGGUAAGAGAAUAUGGUUGUAAAAUAAUGUGGAUUGAUGUUUUAGCUCGCUAUUCUGCAUUAUAUUAGGAACACUGAAGGGAAUUCACCUGUGUUCAACCAGAUUUCUUCCAACAGUGUCAGUUCUUCGAGCCAAGGUAUGGAGUUUUGUUUUUUGUUGAUAUUUAGGUAAUAACUUCGCUAAAAUUGGUCGAAAUCAGUUGUAAAAGAUGGAGAAUUAUUUUUCAUUGUUUUGUGGUUAAAAAGGUCUUUUUUGUUUUGGAUUUAGAGACAAAAAUGGUCUUAGUCUUCGUCCAUUUCCAGUUCAAGCUUUACGUAAACUUAAGGUAUAUUUUCAGCUAGCUCAAGCUCAAUGCCACGUACUAGAAUAGUGAAAAGAGGACACACAAUCACUGUGGCUGAUGAUAUUCCGAUUAGAAAUCAAAGUAGAGCGAUUCAGAAGAGAUCACCCCCAAAGGCUGUUCAGGCAUCAAGGUUAAGAAGUGAACAGAUGGUUUUGGAGGAUAGACGGAAAAGAUUUGAGUAAGUCUUGAUAAAAAUUUUUGAUACGCACUGUUAAAAUACGUAAGAUUUCGACAUUAAAGAUAGUUUUAAUGUUUGAGGGCUGACGUCAAGGAUAAUAUAUUUUUACCCUUCGAAAAACACGUUUUUACUCUAAACUAAUUUCAGGACAGCACAGCCCUCAACGAGUAGAGUAUUUGUGAACAGAAGCUUCAGGAGAACUCAAGUUCAGACUUCCGCUAGGCCAGCUUUUCGGCCGGCCAAUCCAGGAAACGGGCACAGACGCAUUACCUACUCUGAAUCACCUCAAUCUUCACGAAGAGCGGUCAGAUAUGUGAGUGAACCUGCUCCAAGAACCAGAGUAGUGUAUAGAAGCCGGAGAUAA